CCUACAGUCUUCACUCUUCAUUCAGUAGCGAUUGUCGCGCCGCGCUGUACGAACGGACCGGAGAAGCGGAUGUGCUCACGGCAUGAUCAGUUACAAGAACGUACCUACAAAGUCGGAGAUGCAGUCUGACGAUUCCCUGGACCUCAUAGACGAGAGUAAGCUGAAGAUCGUCUUCACUCACUCGGAACAAGAUCCAACUGGGAAGACUAUUCGGCCUGUUAUCACAGAGUUCGAUCCCAAGAAGCGCACAGUGCGCACAGAACUCGGAGACCUCGUCCUCGUUAAAUACAAAUGUUCGUCAAACCACGUGCCAGUGACCAUGACCAAUGGGUCCACUCUUCCUCUCAUGGACGCUGUAAGCAAAGAUGCAGAGUUGGGAGGAUACAAUCCCUUCGAGCACAGGCGACUGUCUCACCCUACCACGGACACUGAGACUCUGAUACAUCUACUGAAGGGUAGUCUUGGUACUGGUAUACUUGCAAUGCCAACAGCUUUCAAGAAUGCUGGACUCUUCUUUGGACUGUUUGCUACCUUCCUUAUUGGCGUCGUUUGUACAUACUGUAUACACAUUCUGGUAAAAUGUGCCCACAAGCUAUGUCGACGAAUGAAAGUCCCGUCCCUUGGGUUCGCUGAUGUAGCAGAAGUCGCCUUCCUCGCUGGUCCCCCCAGCAUUCAAAAGUUUGCGUCUCUGGCAAGGUUUCUGGUGAAUGCAUUCCUGGUGAUAGACCUACUGGGUUGCUGCUGUGUCUACAUUGUGUUUGUGGCCAAAAAUACCAAACAGGUAAUAGAUGAGAAUUUGGACACUGACAUUGAUUUGCGGCUAUACAUGUUGGCACUACUGCCUCUACUUAUCGCCAUGAAUCUCAUCCGCAACCUGAAGUACCUGGCUCCGUUCUCCAUGGUAGCCAAUGUUCUCAUUGGCACGGGCAUGGGUAUCACAUUCUACUUCAUCUUCCAAGAUCUGCCUUCCGUGGACACUCGGCCCAACUUCUCUUCUCUCCACCAGUUGCCCAUUUUCUUCGGCACAGCCAUCUUUGCUCUUGAGGGUAUUGGGGUGGUGAUGCCUCUAGAAAACAACAUGAAGACUCCGGCUCACUUCAUAGGCUGUCCAGGAGUUCUCAACUUUGGCAUGUUCUUCGUUGUACUGCUCUACUCCAGUGUUGGCUUCUUUGGCUACCUCAAGUACGGAGAGAUCACACAGCCCAGUAUCACUCUUAACUUGCCUCUUGACAGCAUUUUGGCGCAGUCUGUGAAAAUCAUGAUUGCUAUCGCCAUUUUCCUGACUUACUCCCUGCAGUUCUACGUACCCAUGGAAAUCAUCUGGAAGUCCAUGAAGCACAGGUUCACCAAGCACCCAGCCCUUGUCGAGUAUAGUAUCAGGAUAGCAUUGAUCAUCAUGACAGUGAUAAUCGCAAUUCUGGUACCCAACCUUGGCCCUUUCAUCUCGCUGGUAGGAGCUGUCUGUCUGUCAUUCCUUGGUCUGAUGCUGCCGUCCAUCGUGGAGAUUGUCGUCUGCCUUGGCUCAGAUGGAGACCUAGGUCCUGGGAAUUGGAUACUGUGGAAGAAUCUAGCGGUCAUCUCGUUUGGAGUGAUUGGCUUUUUCACUGGAUCCUAUACGAGUAUACUGGAGAUCAUAGCAGAGCACUACAACUCUUAAGCUCACCUCAGCAUGUACAGAUGUAGACUACCCUACACUUGUAGGCCUACCUCCCCGUCAGAGCUUGCUACAACAGUACUGUAAAGCGUGCCAUAUUUUUUUACAAGUAGUUUAAGAUAUAAAUUUUGAAAUAUGUAAAUUAAAUUUAUAUAACAUAAACUGAAUAGCAAAUGAGGAUGAGCUACUGCUCUGUUGUAUCUUGUAUCAACAGACUUUGUUAACUAUAGCACUUAAAUUUAGUGUAAAUAAUCCUGAAAAUGCCAACUACACUGAUAAACUUUUUAUUGCUUUGUGUUUUCAUGCAGGCAAUUUCAUGAUAUAGGCCUACUGGUGAAUUAUAUUUUAAGCUUAUAAAUAACCAAAUACUAUUUGUAUACAAAAUAUAAAUGGAUUAGGUGAGAUGUUCUACGUUAAUUAAUUGUAGGAUUAUUACCUCAUGUGAAAAUAAGAGAGUUCCUGGUCUGCUGUUAUUUUUCCAAACAAAAUAAGGUGUAAGAACGAUGUAACAGUAUUACAAGGAGUGGUACAGUAUUAUGCAAAUACCACCGGUUGUGUUGUCAUAGUUACCGUUGUAGCAGUCUCUCGGGGAAAUAAGAAUUUGUGAUAUUGACUUAGUUAAGGAAAAGUAUCACUCUUAGAGAGUGUGAAACAAAUAUUUUAUAUGUUGACCAAUUGUGUAGCACGGUAAUUCCGGCUUUUAGAAUACUGUUGUUCUUUGUACCCCUAGGCAGCAAGACAUCUUAGGUUAGAUUAGAUUAGACUAUUUAAGAAGCCAGUGUUUUUCGGUGCUUCAAUAUGUAAUUUAAAGUUCCCUUAUUUUAUUUAUACAGUAGUAAUAAGAUGAACACGCAAUAAAUUUAUUUAAAUAUAAAUAUGUGUAUUCUCAUUUUAUUUUGUAACUUUUAAAGUUGGUUUGAUUGUUGCUAUUUGGAUGAGUACAGAUUGAAUUUGUCGGUUGUUAUUUGGUUCUAUCUGGUCUGAGUUUUAUAACUUUGAAAGACUGAUUAUACCAAGUUUAUGGUUGUUCCUUUAAUGUUAAUAUUUAUGUAAAUUUGCUCUGUAAUUUAGUUUUAAUUCAAAAAAACCUAUUAGGUUUAACAGUGAUUGGAAAUGUCCAUGACAUAUUUAGGUAUGUUAAAUUAUCAAAGAUUCGUUUAUGUUUGUUUUGCUAAUUUCAUUGCUAACAAACUGAAAUAAGUGUCUUAUUUUAAAUACGUCCAAACUGAUUUCAAAUACAUGUAUUAAAAAAAUAUUUCAUUUUUGGUGCCUUUUGAAAAUAAUGUUUAGAAAAAUAUUGAAAUACGUACUGCCAAAACAUAAUCAGUACACAUUAGUAAAGUCGAACAGAAAUAACAUAAAACAUAUAAAGCGCUGCUUCUUAUUUUUAAAGCUAAUUACAGUGUAAAAAGAACUCUUGUUUAAAAAAGUCUGCAGCCAUGUCAAAAUAUAUAUAUAAGCGAUAGGCUAUAUUUUGUAAAAACCACCUCUUGGUAGAAGUGCAGGUCUAGCUCUUUGUCACCUCUUAGAACUACUAGUUCUAGGAUUGUAAAUAAUAUUGCUUGUUGGGCAAGCUUAGUAUUUUUGUACAGACAAGUCAAUUAAAUUAUGAUUCAGCUACCGUUACUAUUAUUCCACUCAUCCAUAAGUAGUUUAAGGUGAAAUUGAUGUUGGUUUUAUUUAUUUUUGAGGUAGGAAAGUCACAGAAAUCAGAUUUUAGAUUUGAAAUAAUUUCAUAUGUUUUACUGUGUUUUAAAGUAUAACUAACAUUAUUGUUAUUGUUGUGAGUGUAUUACACUUGUUUAAUUAGUAUACUCCAAUAAGUUUCUGCUGAUUUUAGAAAUUUAAUUAUUGCUUUGCUAGAUUAAAAGAUUUUCAAAAGAUUUACAACUGUGAAGUAACUAAAACAAUGUAAAUAAACCAAAGUGAAGCUAUUUUAUUAUUGAAACAAAUCUGUGAUAUGUUUAGCUUGUUAUGUUUUUAAAGUAGUUUAUUCAAAGUUUGAAACAACAAUAUUUAUUUUAAAGUAUAUAGAAACUAUUACAAACAUUUCAUCAGUAAAAAACUGUGUGUUUAAAGUAUUUAAAAUUUACUAUUUUUAUUGUAUAUACAAAGCAGAACAUUUAUAAGUUUCAAGCCUAAUUAAAUGUUGACAUUAUUGUGGUUUAGAUAUUGAGUACGGUUCAUCUGAUAACUUCAAGGAAAUGGAUUGACAAAUGGUAGGGACGAUGUUCCGUCUCGUCUCGUACCAUACAUGUAACAACUAUACUGUUGUUGUUGACAGAUUAAAUAUUUUGUCUUGUU